UCGGACACAAUUUAUGAUACACACACGGCGGUGACGUAAUCGAUUUAAGGUAUUAGUUAUCAGAAUGUCAACAUAUCAUUUUCUCAUAAUGAUAUACACUUGUGUUGGUGAUUUAAAUAUUAGGUCAAAGGGAUUUAACACGUGUGACACAUAUGACUUUUAGUCUUACCUCAGGGCUGUACUGUAAGUAUAAUAAAUAAUAUGAUGAAAUUUUCAUAAAUCUUUUGUGCAUACACAGUUAACAGGGCCCAUUUUAGCAUGUUCAGCGGUUUAUUUGCGCCCUGUAAUACACAUAGGUAUAGUAGUCGAGUACGUGACCCUCGUAGUGUGGUAGAUAUAUAGGUGCUGGGACGGAUUUCAGCUCCAACCCCGCUAACACAUGGAACGGCGUACCUGAACCAAGGGAUGACAACGAAUGACCAGUGUCAAAAUCCAAAUCGUUGUGGAAUGGGAUAUAGUUAUAAGAAUUACGCAUUAAAGUGUGGAAUUAAUAGUCUAAUCGACAUGUGAAACUAGCAAAUUUUGGUUGAUAUGAAUUGUAACGAAAUUCUAUCGGAUUUACACCUAUUAUAACUAAAUUGGGCCACAUACAUUGUGUUAACGAUGGAUCGUUUAGUGUUCAGGUGUGUGUUGGUAUUUGUUACGACUAUUCUUAUAUCCGUCCCGGUCCUGGGGGACGAGAGGGUGGGGCGGAAAUUAUCCCGGAGUAAGAGGUUUAUUGAGGUAGCUGAUGAUGUGAGCGGACCUUAUUGUGCCACCCGUCCGGACGGACAAUGUUGUCCGGGGAGAGACGAUACGUGUACUGUCCCUAUACUGGACUCUAUCUGUUAUUGUGACGUGUUCUGUAACGAGACAGCGUCCGACUGUUGUCCCGACUUCUUCAGCUUCUGUCAUGGAAUCAAUCCGGAACCCAUCACACGAGGAUGUCAACGGGCUGGCCAGGAAUACCCCAUCAACUACGUCAUCACAGACAACUGUAACUCGUGCACGUGUAUCGUGGACCCGGCAUUCCAGAACCAGCAGAGAUGGAACUGUACAAAACACGUUUGUCUCAUACAGACCAAUAUGAUAGGGGAGGUCAACAGCCAUGACAGUGGAUGGCGUGCUGGUAACUACUCCGCAUUUUGGGGUCUGACCCUAGACGAGGGUGUACGAUAUAGGCUUGGAACUAUCCCACCAGACCCAGCCGUCAGGAAAAUGAAGCCUGUCCGGAACCCGGUUAUAGUUGACUUGCCGGACGAAUUUGAUUCCAGAGAGCGCUGGCCAGGGCGGAUACAUCCUAUCCGUGACCAAGGCAACUGCGGAGCGUCUUGGGCAUUUUCAACAGUAGCUACUGCGUCUGACCGAUUAGCAAUAGAAUCGGACGGAAUUCUUCAGGAUGAAUUAUCUCCCCAGCAUCUACUGUCUUGUAAUACCGCCAGAGGGCAGCUCGGCUGUGAAGGCGGAUAUCUUGAUAAAGCUUGGUGGUUUCUUCGCAAGAAAGGGAUAGUGUCGGAGGGUUGCUACCCUUAUGUUAGUGGUAGCGAUAACGAGGCGGGGACGUGUAUGCUGCGGGCCAAAAAAGACGCCAACACAGCCCCUUGUCCAAACGGACAGGCAAACAGUACGGGGCGGAUUCUCUACUCCACGCCACCAUACCGAAUAUCUAAUAAUGAAAGGGACAUCAUGAAUGAGAUCUACAAGAACGGCCCAGUACAAGCUAUAAUGAAAGUAAAGGAAGAUUUCUUUAUGUACCAAUCCGGGGUAUACCAGUAUACAAAUACGAUUCCAGAUCUUCUUCCGGACGAGGAUGACAGAGGUUAUCACUCUGUCCGGAUAAUCGGUUGGGGAGUAGACACAAACACCACCAGCGAUGUCCCCGUCAAGUAUUGGCUAUGUGCCAACUCGUGGGGACAUUUUUGGGGCGAAAAAGGUUACUUUCGAGUCAGGCGUGGGGUCAACGAAUGCGAACUGGAAGAUUUCAUUUUUGCAUCUUGGUGGAGUAGCCCAGCAGUGCAAAGACUUGUUCCUCCUAUUGGACGCGCCCAGGAGCUAACGUUCCCAAGCCAUUUACCGAGCUUUCUUCGAUCUAUCGGCCCUAUCAAAACGUUAAGGAGAAAUAGACAGAGGCGGAAACGGAAGCUGUGAAUACGUAGUUACCAAGGGGACACUAACGAGUCAGAUUAAACAGGCUAAUCAAUAUUCUCAACCAUUAGUCACUUCCAAAAUUCUAUAUCGGGCUAAAAUUUCAUUUUCUUUGCUUUUAUAAAACACAUGUUGACUGAACUUAACUAGUAAAAUAACAACAUGAUAUUAAAGAAUAGGAAGGGAUAUGAUAAUUAUUAGUUGUGGACAGAAUAAUUACGUGCGUCGCAUUGGCGGUUCAGUAACGUCAUGGCUUAGUAUUGUACAUUUAACGUAAUUUAAUACUUAGUUUAUAUAGAACUUAUACAGGUACAUGUAUGUAUUUACAAAAUGUAUUCAGUAUAGAUAUAUAUGUUCCUAGUUUAAUAAUGUAGAUGAUUGUAAGUGUACUACAUAUUUAUAAACUACAAAUAUUGUUAGAAUUACACAUAUAAAUAUAAUCAAAUAUACACAUACAAUUAAAUGUACACAUACCAAUAUAAUUAAAUAGACACGUAAUACAUUUGGUGUCCACCGUAAGUACGAAACAUAAUUAGUAUCAUAUAUGUAAUAUGUUAAGUAUACCAACAUAUAUAUCGUAUCUACUCACAGUUAAACUGUUAAGUAUCUACAUUGUAAAAAUAGUUACUAUCUAUUAUAUGUAUAUAUAUACACAUGUCAAAACAUAGUUUUGUUAUUAUCUUAAGUUUAAUAUAUGAAGUAUCAUAUAAUAAGGUACAAACAUAUUUAUAAUAUACUUAAGUUACUAUUUAAGUGUAAAUUUAAUGGAUAAUAAACAAACAUUGUACAUCUUUAACAAAUAUAUAAAUAUAAUUAGUGUUAUUACAUAGUAGAGAUUGUCUGUUUCCUGAUUACCGAGGUUUACUGUUCAACACGAAUUUACGACCAUAUACUGUACCAUGUGUUUUAACUAUGAAUACAAAAACAAUACUGGUAUGUAAUAUACUGAGACGCUUAACUAGUCUUUAUGGUAGAAAGGUGGUGCGAUGCUUCCUUUUAAUCAGACGCAUGAACCUCGUAUUUGAAAUUAUACAUUUCUGUCAAGUUUUGUCAAACAAGUUUCCAUUUAGAUUACUAGUAUAAUAAUCAUACCUAACAUGUAUUUACAUAUAUGCUUCCUAAAACGCUGGUUAAUUUUUGGAAGUUUUAGCAGUGACAUCUGAUCUUGUUUAUAGUAGAAUUUACUGCUUGUGCAAAGGGGAGACAUUUCUCCGCCUGUUUGCCUGAGUUGGAUCCAUCUUGUUCAAAGUAACCGCGUUGUUGAGGAACAUUCGUCCAAUGCUGUAGUGACAAAUCCCACUUUCUAGUUUAUAGACUUACUUACUAUGGUUAGGUUUCUUUCCUGUAUGCAUGCCCUCUGCACGUUGUUGCACUUCCGAGUCACUUCUACGCUUAUCUAGCAAUUAAGUCCGCAUUUGCUCGUAUCUAUUAUCAAACGUCUUUAUCACUUGAAUGCAGGAAUUCUAAUCAUAUUGUCAUUGUUUCGAUUUUCCAUUGCUUUGUCAUAUUGAGCAAAUUAUUUGCAUGUUGUCCCAAGCUACCAUUUUAACAUGUGAAUGUGCUACUUUGACCAUAUUUUGAUGUAUAUGCUAAUUUCAGCUGUGUAUAAACUCUUGGGGUACUGAUUGGGGAGAAAAUGGCCUGUUUCGUAUCAUACGAGGAACAAAUGAAAGGAGAAUUGAGACUUUUGUGCUAGGCGUUUGGGGUCGGAGACAAGUGAAUCUGGCCCCUGGGGGUCUGCGUGAUGACGGCCUGUAUAAUGUGUAUACUAACUAUAGAAUCAAAGGGAGGCGACCAGUUACACCGAGACCACCAUAAUUAGUAAUACACUCGCCAUAUAGCUCUUGUCAGUAAUGGUAGUCAUCACACUCGUUUACGCUGGAAAGAAGUGACAACGUUGAUAAAAUACCGGUUUUAUGUAAAGGUAGGGAUCAUGUUCCUACACUAAAGGCAGGGUAAUCAAAUGUGUUAGUUAAUGAGUUGAUAUUUAGGCAGACAUCUUUUGCCAAGUAAUGUUUGUCAAGUAAUAUCAUACGACGAGUUUGUUGAUUUACCAUUGUUUUGUUGUUAUUCUUAUUCAAAAAAGUAUUUAUUACGUUUUCGACAUAUAUAACACCCAGGAAUAGUCCCAUAUUGUUCGUGAUUUUAGGAAUGAGUAAGAAAAUAUACAGGAUCAUUUCUAGAUAUAGUUUAUACUUACAAUUAUCAUAUCAAUAGAGAUUAACACGUGAUGUAAUCAGUAUACCUCGUGUGACGCAUAUUGAUUUUAAAAUAGCAUCUUAGAUACUCAUACCUCUUAUAGACGUGCUGUCUCAACUAUGUUUUAUAUCUGAGAUGUGUAUUGAUGUUUGUACAAAUGUAAUGAUGUGUUCUUUAUCUGAGAUGUGUUUUAAUGUUUGUACAAAUGUAAUGAUAUGUCAGCAUUAUAACAGGAUUACAACAGAAUUGUCAGGGAAAUGUUUUCAUGUAGUAACUUGUUACCUCAAUGUUUUAUCAUGACUUUGUAUAAAAUCUUGUUGUAUCCAUGUACCACCCUAGUUAAUCCGUCGAUAUAAGUCCAUGUCGUAUACCAAAUCUAAUCCAUCACCUAGCUAUCCCUUCCAGCUUUGCGUCUUGUAAACAAAGCUCAGGCUGAACAAUCAAAAUAAUAUAUUAAUGCUUUGUUCUUAGUGCCUAUACACCAUACCGCAAACCUCGUGCAUUUUGGAAAGACAGUUAAAAGUGUAACAAAUGGUGCUGACUAAUUUAAGGUAGAGAAAGUUGUUUUCAAUAUCCAUGCAUUGUUUUAAAUAGAUAAAUUGAUAAUAAAAGGACAUGAAAAGUCAUUGAUUUGUUGUUUAGAUACACACAUAUUCUUGAAGCUAUUUAAACAGGAUUCAUUAAAGUAGUACUGUAAUGUGUCUAUACGCAUGUACAAAUCUUCUUUGAAAUUUAAUCAAUUAGAGUAAUUAUACAAUGAAAUGUUUGUUUCUAGAAAUAAUUUUGAUACCACGAUGCACGUGAACAACAUCAUUUAACAAUGUGAAUAUGUAUUUGCCUUUUCACCUCGUACUUGUAAAAGUCACAAGUUAACAAGUUACCAUUAUAGCUGUAUGUAAUAAUACACAUAUAAUAACGUGCUAUACAUAUAUGUUAUAUUAUGUAUGUAAAAUUGUGUUCAAUAACCUUAACUAACGUGCAAUAAAAAAAAAGCAAAGGGGAGUCGUAUC